CCGUCAACAAAUCUAUUUCAACACCUGCCGCUGAAAUACUGCGGCGAAAGCAAAUCUUCUUUUGAUGAACUGAGCAAAAUUAUUCAGAAAGUGCUUGCGUGUAGGAGAGAACUGGUGGACUAUGAUCGCCAACAGAGACAGGCUGUAUCUACCAGUAGUUCACCUGUCACUAGUCCAAGAGAUGCUCCAGUACUCAAACAACCGGUCAAGAAACCGGAAAAGAUCAGUGGCAAGCCAAGCAAUUGUUUCGGAUGUGCCAGUGCAGCUGUGGAGCACUGUAUUACACUUCUACGAGCCCUUGUUACCAACACCAACUUGAGGCAUAUACUCUGUAGUCAGGGUAUGAUACAAGAGUUAAUAGACUUUAACCUUCGCCGAGGCACGUUACAUGUGAGGUCAGAGGUCAGAUCCCUGCUGUGCCUUCUCACCAAGGACAACCGGCGCGGUACUGAGGAGAUGAACAAUAUUAUAAUGACCCGUAUAUCAGCGGCAGUGAAAGGACAUCUGUCGAACCCAGAUCUUGGAUCAUCAGUGAGACAUGAGAUACUUCUACUGGCAAACUCCCUGAAACAAGAAGACACCUGCUGGGAGUUUAGGGUCAGAUGUGUAAUGCGACUAUUCCUGAUGGGAAUGCAGCUGGAGCAGCCAGUCAUCAUGGAGAGUGUUACAUUACCGUGUCUGAGGAUAUUACAACAUUUGAUACGACCUGACAAGUCACAGAUAAACAAGGAGGGUGUACAGGAGGAGCCACCUGUCAGUUCAGUGAUGGCCCUGCCCCCUGAUUUGCAUGUGAAUGGAGCUGAAUGGCUGAGCGGUAAUCAGAAAUUCUCGUACCAGAACUGGAGAAGAUAUCUGCCUGUACAACAAGUCACGCAGCAGACGACACCAACUGUAGAAAAGAAAGAGGAAUUAACAGAGAAAGUAGAUGAAAAAGUUACUGUCGAGAAGUCCGAGGUUCGUGCUCAUUACCUUGAAGAGAAAUAUGCCACUAGGUGGCGCCACAAGAUGUGGAAGGUUCCUGGCAUGCCGCUGAAGUUGACACAGACAACAUGGCUCCAGCAGGCUAUGUUCUCGCCGUCGUCACAGUCGGCAAGGCAGACGGCCACAAGGGUCAUUGAGUACAUAGCUCAAGUUCCAUCAAGAAAGAAGGAAAUAGUUGACAUGCUUACUGGAUGUUUAGAUCAGGUUGGCAAGGCAGGGGAGUGUGCGCAGGAAUUCCUGGCUCUUUAUGGUAGAGUAAUACAGCCUACCCAUUGGAAACAUUAUCUUGCCAUCAAAGGGGUGUUACUGAAAUUGGGAGAUCUUAUUACCAAGGAGGUAGAAAAACUUCAAUACCUAGAGGAGACAACAUUAAGUUCUGAUCUUGCCCAAGGUUUUGCUCUAAAAUCACUUACAGAGUUACUGUCUCUGUUUGUUCAACAGAAGGAGAUAAAGCAACAUUACAAGAACAGACUGGUUGGUUAUGUACUGAAUGGUUACCUCUCACUGAAGAAACUUCUAGUACAGAGAACCAAACUGAUAGACGAGACACAAGAUAAACUUCUAGAGCUGCUAGAGGAUCUCACUACAGGUACGGAGUCAGAAACAAAAGAGUUCAUGCAAGUGUGUGUACAGACAAUACAGAAAUAUCCACUAGAUGAUAAAGUAUCCCCUGUCUUCAUAUUUGAGAGACUGUGUAGCAUAAUAUUUCCAGAAGAGAACGAUGUAGGUGAUUUCUAUAUGAUCUUGGAGAAAGACCCGCAACAAGAAGACUUCCUGCAGGGGAGAAUGCUGGGUAAUCCUUACAGUUCUAGUGAGGCGGGGCUCGGCCCACUGAUGAGGGAUGUGAAAAAUAAGAUAUGUCAAGGUUUGUUCACCGUACAUUGA